AUGUUGAACAAUACUGACGGUGAUUGCUUCGUACGUACCGCUUUUGCUCAAGGCUUGGCUGGUAUUUGCACGUGGGCUGCUCUAUUGAUAACAAGUCAUCAAAUAUACGAACAUCUGAGAUGGUAUUCAUGUCCAACAGAACAACGUUGGAUCGUUCGCAUUCUCUUCAUCGUUCCAAUCUAUGCUUUUGAUUCAUGGCUAAGCUUAAUAUUCUUCUCAGAUAACGUUUACAUAUUCUUCAACUCUCUACGUGACUGCUAUGAAGCUUUUGUAAUUUAUUCUUUCCUCUCCUUAUGUUAUGAAUAUCUGGGUGGAGAGAGUAACAUUAUGGCUGAAAUCCGUGGAAAACCAAUCAAGCCGACCAAUUACUGGACAUUCACAUGCUGCUUAGCUGGAAAACAAUAUACCAUUGAAUUCCUUCGUUUUUGCAAACAGGCUACUCUUCAAUUCUGCUUCAUCAAACCCAUAAUGGCAGCUUUGACUCUUCUCCUGACUGGACUGGGCAAAUAUGAAGACGGAAAUUGGAGCCCUGACCAAGGAUAUUUGUGGACAACAUUGGUCUAUAAUGUUUCCAUAUCAUUGGCUCUUUACGGACUUUUCCUCUUCUACACUGCUACCCGUGAACUUCUCUCACCAUAUAGCCCUGUUCUGAAAUUCUUGACAGUGAAAAGCGUCAUUUUCCUCUCUUUCUGGCAAGGAUUCCUUCUCGCUGUUCUUGGAGCUAUGGAUAUAAUCGACCCUAUUAAAGAUUCUGCUGGAAACACCGUUGUCAAUACUGGAACCGUUGCUGCUGCCUGGCAAAACUUCUUCAUUUGCAUAGAAAUGUUCUUUGCUUCCAUUGCCUUGAAGUUUGCAUUUAAAGUUUCAGCUUAUGCAACCGGGGAUGCGACGAGUGUGAAUGAUGGACGACCAGUUACAUUACAAUCCAUCAGCUCUUCAUUGAAAGAAACAAUGAACCCAAAGGAUAUUAUGCAAGACGCCAUUCAUAACUUCCAUCCUCAAUAUCAACAAUACACCCAGCACUCCAAUAACUCUGGAAGCCGUACGGCUUCAACUGAGCCACAACGAGGACAACAGAAUGAAGCUCGCUUAGCCAGUACCAGUGGAACUCAACAAUCUAAUUACUCGAGUAUUAGCCCAGGAGGAUAUGGUUCUCUUCCCGAAGAGAAUGGCACGACCACCAACACUGUCAAUCUUCUCGACACAUAA